GUCGUCGUCUUCUUCUUCUACUCUCUAUUCUCAACAAGUUCCAUAUGCAAUCACUGAGAACAUCACCAAUUAUGAAGAGAAAAUCCACCUCAAUCGCCACCGCAACCACCGCCGUGCCGCCCACACCUUCCACCCCUCCAACCCCACAAAUCUCCCAGAGAACCCUCCAUCCCAAACCCCUCACACUCUCCUCCCAAAAACCCAGAAAAAUUCUCUUCCCUAAUCGUUUCAAUCCUCAAACGCCCAAAUGGGUUCCCCUUAACCUUGGAAAAUCGGAGCUCUCCUUGCCCCUCACCUUCCCCACUGGCCAGACCUUCCGCUGGAAAAAAACCGGCGACCAAAUGUACACCGGCGUCGUCGCUUCCCAUUUGGUUUCCCUCAAGCAUCUCCAAAACGGCGAUGUUGCUUACUGCUUCCACAACGCGGCCUGUGAGGCCGAUGCUCGCCUCGCUCUACUGGAUUUUCUCAAUGUGGGGAUUUGUUUGGCUGAUUUAUGGCAGGAGUUUUCGGCCUCCGAUUCGAGGUUCGCGGAGCUAGCCAGCCAUUUGGGCGGCGCGCGGGUGCUCCGCCAAGACCCGCUUGAGUGCCUAAUUCAGUUUCUUUGUUCGUCGAACAAUAAUAUUGGAAGAAUUACCAGGAUGGUUGAUUUUGUUUCUUCGUUGGGGAACCAUUUAGGCACAGUUGAAGGGUUUGAGUUCCAUGAAUUUCCGUCGCUGGAUCGGUUGUCGAAGGUUUCAGAGCAAGAGCUUAGAGACGCAGGUUUUGGUUACAGGGCAAAAUACAUAAUUGGCACAGUAGAUGCUUUACAAUCAAAACCUGGUGGGGGUGCAAAUUGGCUUGCUUCUCUUCGCGAGUUGGAUCUCCAAGAGGUUAUUGGUUCUCUCUCUACUCUACCUGGUGUUGGUCCCAAGGUGGCGGCAUGUAUUGCUCUCUUCUCCCUAGAUCAGCAUCAGGCUAUUCCUGUUGAUACUCAUGUGUGGCAGAUAGCAACUAGUUACCUCAUCCCCGAGCUUGCGGGUGUCCGCUUGACGCCUAAACUUUGCAAUCGUGUAGCUGAUGCAUUUGUCAGAAAAUAUGGAAAGUAUGCUGGUUGGGCCCAAACUCUACUUUUCAUUGCUGAGUUACCUUCACAAAAGGCUCUACUACCAUCUAUCAAUUGGAUAACUGAAGGCCAGAAAUCCAUUAAGCCAAAAGUUGGACGACCCAAAGGUAGCAGUCUGAAUAUUGGAAAAGAAGAGGCUUAUGAGAAGAUAUAACUUACUGCAGAUUAGUUGGUAUUGCAAGGAAAUUCGUAUGUGGGACUCGGGAAAACAUCAGGAG